AUGCAGCCGCUGGUAUGGACCAACUGCUUGCGACUGGUGUUGGCGAGUCUUGGAAGUUUGUGCUUGGUGUGGUUUGUUUUCCUCUAUGGCGACCUCUUCGUCAUCGUAUCCACAGACGCUACGGUUUGUCCCGUCGGGUCCGAGCUGGGAGGCAUCGAAACCUGCAAUGCCAGCCGGUUCAUCAAGAACAGUCCAGGUGAAGAGCCUUGCAUUGGUGGACAUCUCGUGAGGCCUUGCAUGUGUGUGGAAGGCUUUCAACCCCGUGUGACCAAGAUGCGCUUUUGGGCUUCAGACUACCAUUUCCGAUGUUGCUCGGAGCCUGCGGGCCCGGUUCCAACCGGUGACGCUCUUUACCUUCAGGUGAUGGGCCCGCUGUUGCUCGUGAUGGGUAUUGUGGGCAUGUUCACAUGCGGCUGGAUCAUCCAUCGUUCCGUGCGUCUCGUUGAUGACAUGGCUUUCUCACAAGAGGACCAUGCAGUGGAGAAUAGUCUUUUCCCCCUCGAGGGAGCCUCUCUCCACAGGACAGUGGACAUGCACAAGUGGGGUGUGACACUGGACGAUUUGCUCCAGUUUCGGCGUCUAGUUUCAAAGGCGGUUGCCGACGGCCGUAUCAAGCCCACAGACUUGGAUCCGUUCGAUCCUGCGGAUGUUGUCAAGGGCCCAUCGAUGUACUCCGUAACGGAACAAUACAUCAAAGUUCUGACAAGGCGAGCCGGUAAUGUCAGCUGGGCACUCAUGAAGCAUCCCAAGGGCAUAAGUUGUGACCUCUUCAUCACACAUGCAUGGGCCGAAGGCAUUUUCGAGUUUGUGGACAAAGUUUCCAACUCUUGGCCAACUGGUGCAAAUGCUGCUUAUGUUUGUUUUCUCUCCAAUCCACAGAAUUUGGACAUCGGGGACCUGAUCACGUCUCCCUCUGAGUCACCCUUUGCCAAAGCUCUCACCGCAGCAAAGGAAAUGCUGGUCGUCCCCAACAAGACAACAUCCAUCUACACACGAGUCUGGUGCGUGUACGAAGCUUUUUUAGCCUUCCGCCUGGAGAAACCGAUCCGUACUGCCCUGUCGCCAAUCCCACACUUCUGGCCCCGAGUGCUCCGUACCGUUUUUGCUGGCAUGGCCUUCCACGGAUUAGGCUUCCUGAUCAUGAGCCAGGCGACCACAGACUCGGCGGAUCAGAUCAAGCGUGUGGAACAGGUUGGGCUUUUCAGUGGCCUGGCUUGCCUCAUCUUCCUCACCUUCUUGUACAAGACCAACAGGCAUGACUGGAAACUGCUCCAGGUGGCUAUAUAUGUCUGCGGUGCGGUGUUUGCCAUGUAUCGCAUAAGCCUAUCAUAUCGGAAGGGUUUCAAGAGGUCAAACAACAUGAUCUUCAUGACCGUGGCAGUUUUCUUCAUGGCCGGACUAGAAAUGGAUCGCUUGCUGGCUUUGGACGGAAGGCGACAGACCAGCCAGCUAAAGUCUGGCUUUGAGGGCAUCGAGGCUGCUAAGAGCGCCAACGCCGCCGACGCGGAGCGGAUCCGCAAGGAGAUCCGGGCUAUCGAGGGCCAGGAGCGUGAGGUGGACCAUGCCGUGCGGGUGCUAUUGGACAUGAAUGUGUUCGCCAAGGACCUCCAGGAGAUCACGCGGCGCACCGGGGCCCUUGGGGACAUCUCAACUUGGAGCCGCAGCCUCUUUGUUCUCAGUGUACUCUGGUGGGUCACCAAUACAAACCAGAUCUGGAUUGGCCGAAUCUUGCGCCAUGACUACGAGGAGAUGGCAGAUGGGCUGCGCUGGUUGGUGUUUGUGGGAGCUGCCUUGGAGGCAGUGACCUUCUACACGCUCUUUGUUUUUGGGCCUGCUCAUCGGAAGGCCUUUGCAGAAAGACUUGAGGCCCUCGUGGUCGUGCCUGUUGUACUAACGUACAGCGGCCUCUUCCAAGGCCCAUCUUAUGAAGUCUUCUACGUGUUUGGUGUGAACUCCGUGAUCGUUUUGCUGGCAGCAGCCGGACCUGGACGUGUGGCUCAGGUUCCUGUAGUCGGUGCCCCGAUCGUUCGUGCCCUGUUUGGUCGCAAUCCAUUCAAGGCAGCCAUCAUAGCCGGCAUAGCACAUAAAGGCGAGUUGCAUGAAUCGCCUUCGGGGAAGGUCAGCAAGCAACAGGAGGAGGAGGAGGAUUUGGUUGAAGUGUGA